UUGUGCACGCCUUGAAUGGAGAAAACACGUGUGCAUGAUAAAUUUGGUCCGAAACGGCUGUUUUUGGAUGGGGAAAACUAAAAAAAAGUUCAUCAGCGGGCAACAAUUUGGAAAGUAGUGGAGAAAAAAAAGAACAGAUACGUGCUGUUAAAUGUAGUCAAGUAAAAGUUAAAAGUACCACUUCGUAGUAGUACUUAAGUAAAGGACAGACAAAAAUGUAAUUAAGAACAGCAACGAAGUACUUUUACUUCAUUACAUUCCACCACUGCUACCUACUCCAAUCUCUGACCUCAAAGGCGUGACUGCCAGUGAACAGACCAAUCACAACAUGGUUCCCUUAGCCAAUUAAUGGUUUUCUUUGUUUUUCCAACUUUUUUUCUAACCCUCACUGAGACACUUGUGUCUGGAGCAAAAGGAGAGCGGAGCAGAGGGAGAAAAGAACAGAACGCCUGAAAGAAAGAGUGAGAGGGGGCCAUACAAAGAUCUUCAAUCCAGAUAAGAUACUUGACAAACUGUACUCUUGACAACUAAAAAGGCUUCUACUCUACUAAAAGGACUCAAAAAUCUGACAUUGCAGCCCGGAAAGGAAAGACACUUUUUCAUCCUGUUCCAAUGUGAUUUUGAGUGGAAACAGGGAGAAGAGACUCUCAAAGGUACAGCAUAGAAAAGAAAAGUCCACAGAACAGUUUGUAGACGGUGACUGAACCGGAUUAAACAAGAGAUUAAACCCAGUAGAAGUGAGGACAAGGAGCGACAGAAGGAUGGCAAAUUUAGGGUUGCAAUUGUUAGGUUACUUCCUGGCCUUGGGUGGUUGGAUCGGCAUCAUCGCCACCACAGCUUUGCCCCAGUGGAAGCAAUCAUCAUAUGUCGGUGAUGCAAUUAUCACCGCUGUGGGUCUGUAUGAGGGGCUGUGGAUGAGUUGCGCCUCACAGAGCACAGGACAGGUGCAGUGCAAGAUAUUUGACUCCAUGCUUUCUCUUGACAUCCAUAUCCAGACAUGUCGUGCCCUAAUGGUGUUGUCAGUACUGUUUGGCUUGAUCGGCAUCAUCAUCAGCGUGGUUGGCAUGAAGUGCACAAAGGUGGGAGAUAAUAACCCAGCGAUAAAGACGCGUAUUGCAAUUGCUGGAGGGGCUCUUUUCCUUCUUGCAGGUCUGUGUACAUUGGUUUCUGUUUCCUGGUACGCAACACAGGUGUCUUAUCAAUUCUUCAACCCAAACACCCCAGCCAAUGCCAGGUAUGAGUUUGGCUCGGCUCUGUUUGUGGGCUGGGCUGCUGCAAGUUUAAUUAUACUAGGAGGCUCCUUGCUGUGUUGUUCCUGCACCAAAGAGGACAUGCAAGGCCAGCAAUAUUACCGCCAAUCACAGCCAUCCACAGCCAGGGAGACAGAGUUGUUGAGUGAGACUAGUUUCCCUGACUGAUCAGCUUUUUAUCAAGGAUUUUCCGACUGUCCAAGCAGUUUCUUCUUUUUCCUCUUUCCUUUGACUCACAUAUUUCUGACAGAAAACUAUUUGUGCAUUGAUGAAUUUAUUAGUCAUGUCCUGGCACCUGUACGCCAGCUGCCUUUUGAUUUUUUCUAUUAGUGACAUGAGCAGAUCUGGCUUGUUGUGAGAUGAAUCUAGUCCAUUUCAUUUUUGUCAGACACCAGUAACCAACUCUACCUCCUUUUAAUCACUGCCCCUCACACUGAUUUGUGAUUUCCCAUUUGUGAAUGUGACAUCUACUUUAGUAUGUUUAUUUCAUUUUAUACAUCACGUUAUAUUAGAAAAACAUUUCCCAUUCAAAAUAAUUCAUGUUUACCACACUCGUCCAGAGAAGGGAGCAAUACAGUGGAAUCUCUCAGAUUGAAUAAAAUCAUUUCCAGGAUGCAAGGUUACAUUUAGCUUUCCAUAUAUAAAUAAUUUUAAAAAGUCAUAAAACAAGGUAAAACAUUCGCAGAUUUUAUUCUACAGACGAUUUCUAAGGAUGUAAUACUUUAACUGCUAGACAAGUGUAACAGCAUAAUUAACUUUUCAUUUUGAAAGACAUGGGGUCAUUCUACCUCAGCGGUUCCACUGUACUUGGGAGAAUCUUCUACCCACUGUGUAGACAAAAAAAAUCCACUCACCAUGCAAUAAAACUGAUCCUAGAAUACUUUUGGUUUCUUAAAGAGUUCACAUUUAAAAUACAAGCCUGAUUAUUUGUGUAGAAAAUAACAUUUCAUUACUUUAAGGACGUCGCUCGUGGCAUUAAAAGUCAUGAUUAAUACAUGUCAAAUUGACCUGACAAAACAACCAAUCAUGUUUUAGAUCUUAAGCAUAAUGAAUGAUACCUCCAUAUGUUGUGGACAGCCUAUCAUCCCUUGGUGGAAUAAAAUUUUUGUAUGUUUUUAUUUUAUAUUAAUGUGUUUCAGAUAAAAUAUGAAUAACAGUUGUGGACGAGAUGAUCAGCAGUCCUGCUGCACGGAUCAGUUUAUGAAUAACAGUUGUGGACUAGAUGAUCAGCAGUCCUGCUGCACGGAUCAGUUUGCUGAAAGAAAAAAAAAUGCUUAUUUUGUGUAUCACACAUUAGUGACACAUUCAUGACAGUUUAUUUCAGAAUAAAUAAAGCGGUCGAUGUGCUUGGUCUAUGAAUCAAUUCUUUUGUCCUUUACCACUUGCGGUAAAAUUUAAAGAUCUAUUUUCAAGCGGCGGUUGAGCAGUUUUGUGAAGAAGAAAGGAGCAAAAUUGCAGUGGGCAGACUAAUUAAGACUUAUCCACACAGACUCACUGCUGUGAUUGCAGCCAAAGGUGCAUCUACCAUAUACUGACUUGAAGGGGUUGA